AGAUGCUAGUUGGUUCUGCUGCUGUGAAAGGAGUGCCCCAUCUUUACUGAAGUGAUCCUUGGAGUAUUUAACUUAUUGUAUAUGUCUACUUCAGUGCAAUUUGAAGUAGAGCAAACGCGCUGAAUAGUAGCUAUAAACUGUUUUGCCUCAGUUUGUAGCCUUUAGCUUUUUUUUUUUUUUUUUUUUAACAAGGAGUACUGAAAGCGAUCCUGGAGGCUCGGAUGCAUUUGUCAAUGGAUACCCUUGGAAUAGUGGAUGAUAGUGGACAUGGACUAGGGGACAAUUAUGACAUUGCAAAAGGUACUGGAUCAACAGCUGGAGGAAGAGUCCACAGCAUCGAUGUCAUUCUAGGAUUCACAAAAGACCAGGAACCUUUGCUCCAUUCGGUGGGAGGAGGAAACAGUGCAAAGGACUCUGGAGCAAACGCACAGGAUCCUGGAAAGCAGGUCCCAUCAGACCCAUACGGACACCUAUCAGAACUAGGGGACAACUCCCAGCACUCUGCUUACCAUGAGUCUGACCUAUUUUCCAGUGACAAGUGUGAUGGAGAAAUAAACAACCUGCACAAGGAAGAUGAUACUGCUGAGGACUCUCCAGAGUCAACAAAAGAAGAGGAACACUCUAAGAAAAAGCACAGAAGAAAUCGUACAACCUUCACUACGUAUCAGCUUCAUGAGCUGGAGAGAGCCUUUGAGAAGUCCCACUACCCGGAUGUCUACAGUCGAGAGGAACUGGCUAUGAAAGUCAAUUUGCCUGAGGUUCGAGUUCAGGUGUGGUUUCAGAACCGAAGAGCAAAGUGGAGACGUCAAGAAAAGAUGGACACUGGAACCAUGAAACUGCAUGAUUCUCCAAUGCUGUCUUUCAAUCGCCCCCCAAUGCCUCCAAACAUGGGCCCAGUGGCCAACCCAAUGCCACUGGAUCCUUGGCUAAGUUCGCCUAUUUCCAGUGCCACGCCCAUGCACAGCAUUCCAGGAUUUAUGGGCUCACCACAGACACUGCAGCCUACAUACUCUAGCCACAGCUUCCUCAACAGCCCACCUGGCAUGGUCCAAGGAAUGCAGCCCAUGGGUCCACCUCCUUAUCCAUGCCCACCAACCUUCAACGAUAAGUAUCCCAUAGAGGAUGAUAGGAGCUCCAGCAUUGCCGCGCUCAGGAUGAAGGCUAAAGAGCACAUUCAGUCGAUGGAUAAAACUUGGCAGCACAUGUGAUGUGCUGUCUAAUGUGAAUGGACAUCCCUCUUGCGAGUGCUUAAAGACUGUUUGAUUUAAAUACCAUUGAAGGUGUGUGAUACCAAAGAUGUAAAGAACUAAAUCUGAAGGGGAUUUUUUAAAUGUCUUUAUUAAAUACAACCACCUCUUAAGAGAUUGGUAAAACGUAUUGGGCUCUUUUACUUUGGUUCUAGCCAAUCACAAUGUCAAGUAUAGAUUCUCAAAUUGAAAAGGCCAUAAAUGUUUAUGUCUUUAUUAAAGAAUGUAUCUGCAUCUAGAUAUAUGAACUAAUGAAAGACUAGAGCCGUCUUGUCAGGGGUAGUAGUUUUACAAAAGAUUUUAUUGAACAAACUAAUGUUUGAUGACAUAUCUGAGUUGUGUUUUAAGUGUUUUGUUUAUUAAAACAUACAUGUAGUGUUUCCAAAGCUUCCUGAAAAUAUUUAGCAAGAAACUCUAAUAUGAUAAUAUUCUUAAAUAUCCAAGGAAUUCAGCUGUUUACGUUUUGUUUGGCUGUUAAAAUGUGACUGUUUUUAUAUCCUGUAACUUUUCAGAGGAUUUGUGCAAGACAAUAGAAUCCUGUCUUAUUAAAAAACAAACAAACACG